CAGCCAACGUUACUAUAAGACCCGACGUGAUUAAAUGUCACACUAGCUGUCACUACCUACAUAUGUUAAUUUUCUCCUAGAAUCACUCCCAACUCAUAUAAGAAUCACUAUAUUCAAUGGUGUGAAUAUUGAAAUUGAAAUUGAUUAUUCACUCCACACAACUCUGCCUCACUUCUUUCUCAGAUUAUAAUCCCUAUAUAUUUCAAUAUUUGUACACUUUCUCUUUGUUUGAUUUUGCGUACAAGGUUCAAAUUCGGUUUAUUAGGCACGGAUUAGUCAUGACAGUUUCUGAUGAAAAUGGAGCAGCAACAAAGCUCAAGGGGAAAUUUCAAGCCACGGCUGUGUGUUUCAUUCUAGGACUUGGAUCCCUGGUUGCGUGGAAUAGUAUGUUGACAAUAGGAGAUUACUACUACAAAUUGUUCCCUAAAUAUCAUCCGUCGCGAGUACUCACCCUCGUUUAUCAACCAUUUGCACUGGUAACUAUGACAAUACUAGCCCACUAUGAGUCAAGGAUCAACACUAGGAUGCGGAUAUUAGCAGGAUACAGUCUUUUCUUUGUUAGCACUUUGUUAGUUCUUGUUCUAGAUCUAGCAACAUCAGGGAAAGGGGGGCUUGGAACUUAUAUUGGCCUGUGUGCACUUUCUGCUUGUUUUGGAUUCGCAGAUGCUCUUGUCCAAGGUGGUAUAGUUGGAGACAUGUCUUUUAUGUGUCCUGAGUUCAUCCAGUCCUUCCUAGCUGGUUUAGCUGCCUCAGGAGCUCUAACAUCUGGUUUGAGACUUCUCACCAAAGUGGCUUUUGAGAAGUCUGAUAAUGGGCUUCGAAUCGGAGCUAUAAUAUUCUUUGCAAUCUCAACUUGCUUUGAGUUAAUAUGCAUUGUUCUCUAUGCGAGCUAUUUCCCUAAGUUUUCCAUAGUAAAGCAUUAUCGUUCAAAGGCCGCCUCAGAAGGAUCGAAAACUGUUUCAGCGGAUCUUGCAGCGGCUGGCAUUAAGAAUGAAAUAAAUGAUGAAGUCGGAUUUGAUGCUAAACCACAAGAACGACUCAGCAAUAAACAACUAUUUCUUCAAAAUAUUGAUUAUGCAGCUGAUUUAUUUCUGAUAUAUGUUUUAACCUUGUCAAUUUUCCCUGGUUUCUUGUUUGAAAACACUGGAUUACACAAGCUAGGGGAUUGGUACGCACUUGUUUUAAUUGCAAUGUACAAUGUCUUGGAUCUAAUAUCCAGAUAUAUUCCCCUGAUCAAAUGCCUGAAGUUGGAAUCCAGAAAUGGCUUAUUCAUUGCAAUUCUGUCUAGAUUCUUGUUGAUCCCUGCAUUUUACUUCACAGCAAAAUAUGGUGACCAGGGAUGGAUGAUUUUCCUUGUGUCAUUCUUGGGACUAACCAAUGGCUAUCUCACUGUUUGUGUGCUUACAGUCGCACCCAAAGGUUACACGGGUCCUGAACAGAAUGCAUUAGGUAACUUGCUUGUGGUGUUUCUUGCGGCUGGCCUAUUUGCUGGAGUAGCUCUUGAUUGGUUGUGGCUUAUAGGGAAAUCAGGAUUCUAAAAUGAAGCAAUCUAUGUAAAUACUGAUUUUUUAGGUGGUUUCUCUUUGCUUAAGCGGGUAUUAAGCACCUAGGUAAUGCUUCCAUCUUAAAGCCAUGGUUUAGAUUGGCAGAACAUCAUUUAAUAAAACAAUUUUUCUUUUUAUGUUUA